AUGGGGCCAGUCCACACGCUGCUGCUGCUGCUGGCCGGCUGGGCCUCGGCGCAGGACAGGCCCAAGACCGUGGCCUUCCAGGACUGCCCCGUGGACCUGUUCUUCGUGCUGGACACGUCCGAGAGUGUGGCCUUGAGACUGAAACCCUACGGGGCCCUCGUGGACAAGGUCAAGGACUUCACCAAGCGCUUCGUGGACAACCUGAGGGACAGAUACUACCGGUGCGACCGUAAUCUGGUGUGGAAUGCGGGGGCCCUGCACUACAGUGAUGAGGUGGAGUUGGUCCAGGCCCUCAGCCCCAUGCCGCACAGCCGUGACCAGCUCAAGAGCAGCGUGGACGCCAUCAAGUACUUUGGCAAAGGCACCUACACAGACUGUGCCAUCAAGAAGGGGCUGGAGGAGCUGCUGGUCGGGGGCUCCCACCUGAAGGAGAACAAGUACCUGAUCGUGGUGACGGAUGGGCACCCGCUGGAGGGCUACAAGGAGCCGUGUGGGGGCCUGGAGGAUGCGGUGAAUGAGGCCAAGCACUUGGGUGUCAAGGUCUUCUCCGUGGCCAUCACACCAGAUCACCUGGAGCCCCGGCUCAGCAUCAUCGCCAGCGACCACACCUACCGGCGCAACUUCACCGCAGCCGACUGGAGCCAGAGCCGUGAUGCCGAGGAGGUCAUCAGCCAGACCAUCAGCACCAUCACCGACAUGAUUAAAGACAACGUGGAGCAAGUGUGUUGCUCCUACGAGUGCCAGCCUGCCAGAGGACCCCUCGGGCCACAGGGUGACCCCGGCUAUGAGGGCGAGCGAGGAAAGCCAGGGCUCCCUGGAGAGAAAGGAGAAGCCGGAGACCCCGGGCGGCCCGGAGACCUCGGACCCGUCGGCUACCAGGGGAUGAAGGGAGAGAAGGGCACCCGCGGGGAGAAGGGCUCCCGGGGACCCAAGGGCUACAAGGGCGAGAAGGGCAAGCGUGGCGUGGAUGGCUUGGAUGGCAUGAAGGGAGAGACGGGCUACCCUGGCCUGCCUGGCUGCAAAGGCUCCCCCGGAUUCGAUGGUCUUCAAGGCCCCCAAGGGCCCAAGGGCGAUGCCGGUGCCUUCGGACAGAAAGGUCACAAGGGUGAACCUGGAGCCGAUGGGGCACCUGGAAGGCCGGGGAGCAUGGGUGCCCCUGGGGAUGAGGGUCAGCCUGGCCAGCCAGGGCCCCCUGGAGAGAAGGGCGAGGCUGGAGACGAGGGCAACCCAGGCCCAGAUGGAGCCCCUGGAGACAGGGGUGGCCCUGGGGAACCAGGCCCCCAGGGCACUCCUGGCGUUCGGGGCCCCAGAGGAGACCCGGGUGAAGCUGGACCCCCAGGGGACCAGGGCAGAGAAGGCCCUGUGGGUGUCCCCGGAGACCCGGGUGAGGCGGGUCCCAUCGGACCCAAAGGUUACCGAGGCGACGAGGGGCCCCCUGGGACUGAGGGUCCCAAAGGUGCCCCAGGACCCGCUGGACCCCCUGGAGACCCUGGUCUGAUGGGUGAGAGGGGCGAAGACGGCCCCCCCGGAAAUGGCACUGAAGGCUUCCCUGGAUUCCCAGGGUAUCCAGGCAACAGGGGCCCACCCGGCGUAAAUGGCACCAAGGGCUAUCCGGGUCUCAAGGGCGACGAGGGAGAAGCCGGGGACCCUGGAGAGGAUAACACUCUCCCCCCGCCAUCCGGCAGCAAAGGCGCUAAGGGGUACCGGGGCCCUGAAGGCCCCCAGGGACCCCCAGGACACACAGGACCACCAGGGCCAGAUGAAUGUGAGAUCCUGGACAUCAUCAUGAAGAUGUGCUCCUGCUGUGAGUGCAGGUGCGGCCCCAUCGAUGUCCUCUUCGUGGUGGACAGCUCCGAGAGCAUCGGCCUGCACAACUUCGAGAUCGCCAAGGACUUUGUCAUUAAGGUCAUCGAUCGGCUGGCCAGGGAUGAGCUGGUAGAGUUCGACCCCAAGAAGUCGGUGGUGGGCGUGGUCCAGUACAGCCACAACCAGAUGCAGGAGCACGUGGACCUCCGCAGCCCUGGCAUCCGCAACAUCCAGGAGCUGAAGGAGGCCAUCAAGAAGCUGCGGUGGAUGGCAGGGGGCACUUUCACAGGCGAGGCGCUGCAGUACACACGGGAGCAGCUGCUGCCCCCAACCCCUAACAAGCAGAUCGCCCUGGUCAUCACCGAUGGCCGCUCAGACACCGAGAGGGACCCCACCCCCCUCAAUGUGCUCUGCGGCCCCAACGUCCAGGUGGUCUCCGUGGGCAUCAAGGACCUGUUUGGCGCGGGGGCAAGCUCGGACCAGCUCAACGCCAUCUCAUGCCAAGGUCUGGGGCCACAGAACAGGCCGGGCCUGUCGCUGGUGAAGGAAAACUAUGCCGAACUGCUGGAUGAGACUUUCCUGAAGCAGGUCGCCAGCCACAUCUGUGCAGACAAGAAGUGCCCGGAUUACACCUGCCCAAUCACCUUCGCGGGCCCCACGGACAUCGCCAUCCUGCUGGACAGCUCGGCCAGCGUGGGCAGCCACAACUUCCUCACCACCAAGCAGUUCGCACAGCGCCUGGCCCAGCGCUUCCUGAUGGCGCGGGGCAGCGGGCCGAACCCCGAGCCGGUCGUGCGAGUGGCCGUGGCCCAGUACAGCGGCUCCGGGCAGCAGCGGCCUGGCGCAGGGGCGCUUCAGCUGCAGCAGAACCUCACGGUGCUUGAGGGAGCCCUGGAGCGCCUGUACUACCUCAACGACGCCACCGACGUGGCCGAUGCCCUGGCCUUCGCCACGCGCUUCUUCCGCCGGGCCUCCGCCUCCGAGACCCGCAAGCGCCUCCUGAUCUUCUCCGACGGCCACUCGCAGGGCGCCACGGAGGAGGCGCUGCGCAAGGCGGCGCAGGAGGCACUGGGCGCCGGCCUGGAGGUCUUCGUGGUGGCCGUGGGCCGCCAGGUGAACGAGGCCCACUUGCGUGCCCUGGUCUCAGGUGCGUCGGGCGAGUACAGCGUGGCCUAUGGUGAGCGCCACCUGUUCCGCGUGCCCAGCUACCAGGCCCUGCUGCGGGGCGUCUUCUACCAGACCGUGUCCCGGAGGGUGGCACUCGGCUAGAGCCUCCCGCCCAACCGCCCCUCGACCCUGAUGUGAUGUCCAGUCAGGGACUGGACCUGAGGGCCACCUACGUGUGUCCUGCACUCGCACCCUGCCCCAGCCUCACACCAAAGCUCGAAACACCUCUCUAGCGGGACCUCGCCUGCCUCAUGUCUCACGUGCUGCACAAGGCAGGGCCGCCCGGCCGACUCCCCACCCACAAAGGUGCUAAACACUCGGGGAGAGGGGCUUUCUGUCGCCCCCAGAGACCUCCAGGACACCUGGUGUCUGGGGCCUUCACUCCUGGUUUCUUCCCCUUCCGUGUGUGUCAUCCCACAUUUCCAAAUAAAGUUCCUCCCUC